AUGUCAUACUUCUAUCCAAGGAGAAGAGGUGGGCCAUUUGGUUUCUUUGUUUCUAAAGGUAAAGCAGAAAGUACAAAGCCUUUAGAUUUUUAUGGACUUAAACUAAAAACUAAGGGCCUUAUUGCUUGCGUGUUAGUGUUCUUGUUGUUGGGUGUCACCCAGAUUCCUGAUGGACCUUUUCGAAGACCUCAUCCAGCACUCUGGAGAUUUGUUUUCUGUGUCAGUAUUGUGUAUGAACUUGCAUUGAUCUUCAUCUUAUUUCAGCAUCCUGAUGAUGCACGCACAUUGUUGAAACACAUUGAUAAGGAUUUAGGAAAGCCUCUAGCAGAGAGAGAUUAUGGUGGAAAUUGUUUAAUUUAUGAUCCCGAUGUCCCUGAAGAUCCAUGGCACAAUUUUUGGGAUAAGCUGGAUAUAUUUGUACCAACACAUUUCAUUGGCUGGUGGGUCAAGACUUUGAUGUUACGAGACUGGUGGCUAUGUUCGGUAAUCAGCAUCAUGUUUGAAGUAUUGGAGUACACACUAGAGCACCAGCUACCAAACUUUAGUGAAUGUUGGUGGGAUCAUUGGAUUUUGGAUGCAUUGAUUUGUAACGGAUUGGGUAUAUAUUUUGGAAUGAAGACUCUUCAGUACUUAUCCAUGAAGCCUUAUCACUGGCGAGGUUUGUGGAAUAUUCCCACAUAUUCUGGUAAACUCAGGCGUAUAGCAGCCCAGUUUGGACCACACAGUUGGAUUGAUUUUGACUGGAAACCCACCGUUACCCUCAGUCGUUGGUUUUCUGUUUUAGGCAUAAUUUUUAUCUUCCUAGUGUCUGAAUUGAAUACUUUUUACUUGAAGUUUGUACUUUGGCUUGAGCCACCACACGUAUUGAAUCUUCUACGCUUAAUUCUCAUAGUACUGGCCGGAGCUGUUGCCAUUCGAGAGACAUUCCAAUACCUGGAUGAUCCGAACUGUAAACAAUUUGGACGGCAGUCCUGGGUCAUGCUAGCCAUCAUCAUCACAGAGUUUUUGGUAAUUGCCAAAUUUGAUUGGGAUACCAUCACUAAGCCUCUCCCUACUUACGUUGUGUACUCCUGGAUACUAGGAAUCAUUGGACUCGUAGGGUGGACAGUUUGGACCUUCUUUCUACGACCCCACCCUAUCAAUCCUAUGUUUCUCUGUACAAAUGAUAAUUCUAGCGAUGGCUGUAUCGAAGUUUCAAGACCAAUCAACCAAAUAGUAGCUGAAGAAAAUGGAAUUCUGCAAAAAAAAUCAAAGUAAGAUAAUUCAUGCUGAUGUAAGUGUUCAAAAAAGCCCCCAACUAGUCAGUCGUCUGACUUUCUUCAAGUAACUACCGUUGCUUUCUAUCAAGACGGAGGUUCUUUUUGUGUGUAUGAGCUCUAACUUAACAGAAUAUGUAACGUCUAUUUUUACUUGCCUCAACAAUGUUUCUUGGAAAAAAAUAAAUAUGAUUCCUUUCAUUAGGGCUCAAACAGGCAGUACAUUUUUAGAAUUUUAGUUGGUUAGUGUACAAUAAGUGGAAUACUACUAAACGCUACAUUUCUCAAACAUAUUAUUUGUAUGAACUUGCUAUAUAUAUAUAGAGAGAGAGCUAAUUUAUUUUGUGUAUAAAUUUUUAUAUAUUUUCCAUUACAUUAUGUAGUACAUUUUUUAAACUACAGUAUGAUCAAGAAAUGUAGUUAGGUAAGUAAGAGAACAUUUAAAAAUACCCAGACAGUUUUUCCAUACCUUUAUUACAAACUUGAAUAACUAUCACGGAAAUGCUCGGUAACUUAAUUUAUCAGUUUUUUAUUUAUUAAAGUUAGUAAAUAGUUUGCGUUAAUAUACGUGCACUUGUAUAAAAUACUAAUUAAAAAAAGUAUCUUAUUCCAUAAGUCUUUUCGGCUUACUUUAAGAUUAAUUCAGUGCUACUUACAGUGAUUUACUUGUAUUGAUAAUGAAGAAACAAACACAGGAGGUGAAGGCAAGGAACAAGAAGUUCUAUUAGUUAUCUUUUGUAAGUGUUGGAUACUCUUUGAAACUUGUUUAUUAUGAAAUACUCAGUGUACUAACCAUGAAAAUAAUGACCUUGAAGUACUUGUAUAUUUUUCUCUUAUGCUCUAAAAUGCGUGUUUCUGGUUAAAAUGCUGAGUGUUUUCUUGGUAAAAUGAAUGUGUGCUCGUUUACCACCACAUUUCUGAAGUUUUUAUUUUCUCCUCUUUCGAGUUCUUUAAUUUUUAAAGCUACCAAUAGAACAACAGCUACUUGGAAGGCACGCUUACUUAGGCAUGCUGGUGUGUAGAUCGAAAGGUCCAAAGUUCAAAUUGUGAAAUCAUUUAACAUGCUUCAAACUUUUGUCUAUGAUCUUGUUAUAAAAGUAACAGUCAAUACCAUCAUUCAGUUCAAAAGAGCAAGACAAAACCUUUGUAGUGAUGGGUGCUGUUAGUUGGUUAUCUACCCUCUGGUGAGGAGUUCAAAAUUAGAGACAACUAUACCUUAACCCUAAGCAGAAGAAAAGAUAUUUAGUGAGAUUUAAACGAGUUUCGUGCUCACGCCAAAUGAGUCUUUAUCUUUGUACUUAAGUAUCAAAUUGUCUCAAAAAGAAGCGUGAUGAUUGCUUUGAUUUGAUGGCCAGAUUUCUGAAAUUGUGUUUUUUUACUCUUUUUAUAUAACAGGGAAAAGUUUAUUGUGCUUGUAUUUUGUGGUUUCUUAGUGACAAUGCUCAAAUUAAAAGUUUUUCUUUUUUUUUUAUGAUAUGAAACAUUAUUAUCAUGCAACUCUUUUGAUGACAGGACUUUCCUUCCCCCCGACAUCUGAUAUAAGACGUAAUCGUAUAAUUUUUUCUUAUAAAUAACCUUUAAUGAAGUUCACAUUACUCCUAUGAAAAACACAGAAGGUUAUCGCUCGGCCUGUUUCGUUAUUAAUAUUAAAUUUUGUUGAUUUCCUUCUAUGCAUUUUACUUGCAUCCGUAGAAUUGUUUUAAUGUUUGUGUAAUAACACAGUCCGACUGUUUUUCACAGUUGCUUAUCUUUCUAAUUUUGUAAUUAAUGCCAAUUCUAAUUUGGAAUGUAAUAACUGUUCAUAGAAAAAAAGUAUUUUUGUCUUAAAUGUUUUUCAUGCCUUCACCUUUAUGACUAAGACAGUAAGUUCAUGGUCAGUGCAUGUGAGGUUUAUGUAAGAGAAUUUGAAGUUAAGUUUGUCGAGUGAAGAAACUAAGAUAAGUAGGUACCAGUAAGAUAGAAAAAAUAAUAAUAAAUAGUAAAAUAUUUUGAAUAAACUAAUAUAGUUCAAUUUAAUAAAAGACAAACUCAUUGUGUGUAUAAGUAAGUUGAUAGAGUAAAAUACAUUUGUAAUAGAUAAUCAUAGUAGUUAAAGUCAAAAAACAGCUUCACAGAAAAACAGUCAGUUUAAUUUUAAGUCAACUAACAGCUUCACAGAAAAAUAGUCAGUUUAAUUUUAAGUCAAAAAACAGCUUCACAGAAAAACGGUCAGUUUAAUUUUAACUCAAAAACAGCUUCACAGAAAAACAGUUUAAUUUUAACUUCAAAAACAGCUUCACAGAAAAACAGUUUAAUUUUAACUCAAAAAACAGCUUCACAGAGAAACAGUCAGUUUAAUUUUAACUCAAAAAAAGCUUCACAGAGAAACAGUCAGUUUAAUUUUAACUCAAAAAAAAGCUUCACAGAAAAACAGUCAUUUUAAUUUUAACUCAAAAACAGCUUCAUAGAAAAAACAGUCAGUUUAAUUUUAACUCAAAAAAAGGCUUCACAGAAAAACAGUCAUUUUAAUUUUAAGUCAAAAACAGCUUCACAGAAAAACAGUCAGUUUAAUUUUAACUCAAAAAACAGCUUCGCAGAAAAACAGUCAGUUUAAUUUUAACUCAAAAACAGCUUCAUAGAAAAAACAGUCAGUUUAAUUUUAACUCAAAAAACAGCUUCGCAGAAAAACAGUCAGUUUAAUUUUAACUCAAAAAACAGCUUCGCAGAAAAACAGUCAGUUUAAUUUUAAGUCAAAAACAGCUUCACAGAAAAACGGUCAGUUUAAUUUUAAGUCAAAAACAGCUUCACAGAAAAACAGUGAGUUUAAUUGUAAUUCAAAAAACAGCUAAACUUUACAGUUCAAUUACAAAUAUUUUUUAAGCAUUACCAUUUAUAAAGAGGAGAGUAAAAUGAGAAAACAAAAAUAAGUUACACCAUGCACUGUUAAAGCUAUAACGUUAACAAAAAACCUUCAUGAAAGUAAAACGGGAUAAAACUAUGAACUUACAUAUGAAGACCUUUUUUCAUCUCAGUUGUAGCCUUUCUCACACAGAGCAACCAUACUGGAAUGUCAAACUAUUGGAUAAUGUCUCUUGUUAGACCAAAGAGCCUGGAGAGAUAAGAGAAAACAGAAGUC